UCAGAGAAGAAGAUAAACUCCUGCUGUUUGUCUUGCAGGUUCAACAAGGAGAAACUUCACUCCUUGGUGACAGAGAGGUGUUAUCCUGAGAUGACGAGGGGGAACCGUUACAAGACGAUCCGCUGGAUGUUUGUUGAGUCCCUGGAGCCGCCCAAAGUGGUCCACGCCCGCUGCCCCGAUAUGGUCAGCAAAGGGAAUCUGUACGGUCAGGUGACGGUCCGCAUGCACUCCAGACAGACGCUGGCCAUCUACGACCGCUUCGGGAGGCUGAUGCUGGGCAACGAGGAGCAGCCGAAGGACGUCUUGGAGUACCUGAUCAUAGAACGACACCUCGUCAACCCCUACGGCCAGUGGAGGUUACACGGAAAAAUAGUGCCGUCCUGGGCUCCGGCCAAAGACCCAGUUAUAAAGGUGACCCUCCGCUCU